UCUCGCCAACUAGCUGUAAUAAUAAACCGGAAAGUGAAAAACUAAGGCUGAGUAAAAAAUAGACUUUCUAUCAAUACUCGCCAUUAAUGGUUAACAAAUAAUCUAUUUUCGAACCAGGAUGGACGCUGACGGAUUACCCCUUGUAGGACCAGGAGUAGAUUUGACGAAGGUUGGUGCUAUACACUCCAAGCGAAUGCUCGCCUUUUUAAACCACUUCAUCAUACACACAACCAGGUUUCUCAACAAGUUCUCCUGUGUUUGUGAAACGAAACUGUCGGAGAUCACAACUCGUAUUCAAAGGCUUGAAACCACAGUCAACAUAUUGGAAGCAAAGCUUGCAUCUAUACCAGGCUUAGAGAAUGUCACCGUGGAGCCUACCCCGCCCCCAGCUGCACCUGAACCUUCUAACCUCCCCGCCCUCCCGUCUACAGAGCCUGCCGAUGGAUCGGGUAUCCCAGCCAUUGAAGCCACUCCUGAAGCAGCUCCGGCUACUAUGACAGUAUCUCAAGAUCCAAGAUAUAUUAAAUAUUUCAAAAUGAUUAAUAUGGGUGUCCCAGUGGAUGCUCUCAAGCAAAGACUACUCAUGGACGGUUUAGACCCAGCUUAUCUAGACACGCCAAAUGCUCCUGCUCCGCCCGUCAACCAAGAAUCCGAUUCUGAUGAUUUCAGUAGUCAUGAUAAUAGCUCAGAUGAUGACUUCAGUGAUUAGAUGGAGGCCACUAUUAUGCUUUUCACACUGCAUUUCCUUAACCCCAUACUAUCCUUAACCCCAUACUAUCUUUUUUUCGAUUCACACUGUCUUUCUUAACCCCGUACUAUUGCUUAGCCGGGGUUAACGCCUUAACCCCGGGCAAUCACACAGCUCAUAAAUAUUGAUGAUUUUACCAUACAGAGCGCGAUUAACGUGCAAUUUCGACUUCUGUGAUUGGCUAAUGCUUAGCCCCGCUUUUGCUUAGCCCUGUAUCGUUUCACACUGCAUCUCUUAGCACCACAAUAAGCCGGCUAACCUUGCUUUUUUGCAGGGCCAGAUAGUAUCGUACUAUUUACCGUGCUAGCCCACUUUGCUAAAACGUAGUGUGAAAAUGAAGUGGGCUAAGCUUAGACCCGGGAAAUUGGUGGGGCUAAGACCCCCCCUUAGCCCCACCAAUUUAGGACAAAAAGUGCAGUGUGAAAAGCAUAUAUAUAUAUGAAGAACUUAAUGUGGAGAUGGAGGCAGAAGAGUCGAUAUUGAUGAGUAGGGGAUUAACAUUAUCACAGUCCUCUCUGUGUCAGGUAAACUCAGCUCAACUUAAAGGAAACUAAAACCCAAGAAGAGAAGCAGUCUUAUUGGAAAGAGUAAAAUGAGAGGAACAAUUAAAAAAAAAGUUUCAUCAAAAUCCGUUAUGAAAUAAGCAAGUUAUGGACGUUUAAAAAGUCUUGUUGUACUUUCUAUGGGGAUCCUCAAAUUGGCAAACCUGCUUCAAAAUGGCCGAUUUUGUGGACAAUUCUCCAUUUGUUUUGUACACAAAUUUUCAGAUUUUACCCGUUAUUUUACAUAUUUCACAUUAUCUCUUCCUGACCUUGAAAUAUGUGGUGUGGAUUGUAUUUUCCCAUGACAUAUGUUGUGCUCAGAAGGAGGCAAGAUGCAAUUUGAAAGAUAAUGAGGAAAAUCUGAAAAUGUGUGUACAAAACAAAUGGAGAGUUGUCCACAAAAUCAGCCAUUUUGAAGCACAUUUGCCAAUUUGAGGAUCCCCAUAGAAAUUACAACAAGAAUUUUUAAAUGUCCAUAACUUGCUUAAUUCAUAACCGAUUCUGAUGAAACUUUUUUUUAAAUUGUUCCUCUCAUUUUACUCUUUCCAAUAAGAUUGCUUCUCUUCUUGGUUUUGAUUUCCUUUAAACAAAUACAGCAGAGUGGCCAAUGUAGAUGUCUUGUCAGUGAAGACCGAGGAGACACAACAGAGAUUAGAGGUUUGAAGAGAUUGGAUAAGGUUGGCCAUCUUGGCUAUUAAUGAUAAGAGUAAAUAAUCAUGUGUCACUCGAAGUAAGCAAAUGAAAAUUGUGAAGUUCAUGUGUGUGUUGACAUUACUGCUGAAGUGAACAAAGACAGGUGAAAGCCUUAGCAGUUGCAGAUAAAACAUCACAAUUUUGUUUGCUUACUUUUGGUUAUCUAUUCCCUCAUUAACAUUGAAGAGUUGAUAAAGAUGUUGUUUUGUUUAGGGGACAACAGAGGUAUGUGCUCAAUGUGUCACUUUCAGUGGGAGAAAAGCGGUACAAAUAUAUUUUAAGAAAUUAAAAAGAAAACAUGUUUUAGUUUGUGGAGCAAUAAAGAAACAACAUGUGUCAGAAGUUGGAGGGGCUGAGUGACUCUUGACCCAUCUUCAGAUUUUGCAUGGAGGGGGGGUCAUAAUUCAAAUCUACUAGUACAUGUUGUGUCAACCUAUUGAAUGGUUUCUGUUUCCACUUAUUAUAUGUUAUCAUCAUGGAUGAGAGUAGCAUUUGUUUCACUUGGCGGGUGAGUUGAUUUCAAGCCAUGUUAUUUUCAAUUUUUCAUCCAUGUUUCAUAUUUUAUAUACAACUCAUAAGCGUAAUGCACUCACGGCCCUGAUCAGUGGUUCCAAUUUCUCUGCUGCAAAUUCCACACACUAAUGGAAUGACCCAACUUCAACCCUGGUGUUAACACUAUACCCUAUGCGAAACCUUACCCUAAACCUAACGUAAUACCCUAUUGCAACCCUAACCCUACAUCUUAGACGAAAUAAGGCCCAGAGCAAUUGUCGCCGGAGCAAAUGUUGUGUUACCUGAUCAGUAUGUAUGUGCAUGUAUCCUCUUACAUGUAGUUUACACUAAUCUAUUUAUGCCAUAUGAUGGAAUAUGAUAUAAAAUGGUACUUGGUUCAGAAACGGAACUAUGGCAGGAAACUGACUCUUGAUUGUCCUUGGAACAACAAUUCAAAAUUAAUUGAAACAAAGGUCACCUCCAUGUGUAUGUAAACAUAUCAUAUAAACAUCAUUUAUCUGAAUCUGUAGGCAUACAUUGCAUACUUUCAGGACCAGUGCCAGGAGGGGGGGGGGCGGCUAGACCUAAAGAAAACAUUUUUUUUGCGAUUAAAAAAGGGGCAUUAGAUUUCAACCCAUCCUCUCCUGUUCAAUAUUUGGUUUUCUUCUUAUGCAUUUUUGUUCCUCUUUUUUGUUUAUCAUUUGAAAAUCAUUUUUUUAGGAGGGGGGGGGGGGUGAAGAAAACCCUGCCUUCCCCUCUUGUGUUGCACCCAAUGAUUCUGGCUUUUGUAUUUGUCAUUGUAAGCGUUAAUGGUUUGUAUUCUGACGUCCUGUUUUGACAACAUGAAAUAUCCAUAUGGACAGCUUUAUAGAUAUUUUCAAUCAACAUUGAAGCGAGCAAAAUUCUUAAAUGCUAAAAGAUAUUACAGAAGAAAAAAAACGGUCAUUGGAGAGUUGGAUUAUUAGGUAUUAUUGAGGUAACAUUUUGAAUAGUGGUUUAGACUUUUAUGAUUUGAAGGUAUUUUGGUUGGAUCUUACAGUUUGAGGCAUUUUAAUUGGUCUUUUCAAACCCAACUCGUGUAAUUUUCAACAAGAUCAUAUUUCUGAAACUCAGUAUAAUAAUUAAAAUGGCCAAUUAUAAGAA